AUGAAUGUACAAGGAGAAACCCCCAAUGUAGAAAAGAAGGAUGAAAAAAAUAAUGACAGCGCGAAAGAAGAGAACCUGAAGGAAGAUUUAUUUGUCAAGAAGGUCGAAUCAACUGUGAAGGAUACAUCAGUGGAAGAAAAAAAAGAAAACUCGAAAGAAGAAAAGAAAACCGAAUCGAUGGACAAAAAAAAUGUAGAAACGAUGGAAAAAAAAAAUGUAGAAACGAUGGAAAAAAAAAAUGCAGAAACGACGGAAAAAAAAAAUGUAGAAACGACGGAAAAAAAAAAUGUAGAAACGAAAGCCGAAUCGAUGGAAGAUAAGGGAGGUGAUGAUGUCAUGAACAUGCUUCUAACGUAUUUGCAAAAAAAUAAAGAUGAUCCCAAAAUCAUGCAAACUGUGCUAAGCAUGAUGAAUGGACAAGGAAAGGAAGAUGUAGGACUCGGUCAGAUUCAGCAAGUCGCAAACAUGAUGAAGGGAUCUGCAGGUGGAGACAAAGGCACGUCUGCACAAGGAACAACUGCAACGGAUGAGAAGAAGAAAGGUAGAGAAGAAGAUGAAGAAGAAGGAGAAAAAAAUAAAAAUGAUAAUAAAGCGAAGGAAGAGAGGGAAAAGGAAAACAAAAUACGAAAUAUUUUUAGUAGGAAAAGUGAAAAAAGCAAUUUUUCCAAUUUUAGCUUAUCAUCCGAAAUGAAGAGCACAGAAAAUAGCGAAAAGAAAAAUUCAUCCACCAUAACUAACCAUUUUGGAGAUACGAAAAAAAACAUUUUUAGUGGGUUUAGUGAAAAGGAAAAAAGUAACAGCGGCAGUAGCAAUGGGAAGUUUGGAUUUAUGGGGUUUGGAGGAUUUGGUGGAUUUGGAAAAGGAAAGAUGAACGGAGAUAAUAAGACCAAUGCAGGGGAGAUGGGGAAUAUAGAUGAGAGUUCAUCAUCCAUAGGAAAAGUAACGAAUAGUAAUACAAACAAUACACAGACAGAAAGUGCUGAGAAUAAUAAAGAUGAUGGUGCAAAGAAAAAACAUGCGGAGUUGGUAGAUGAUAAUGAUGAUUACAUAAUUGAAAAUGCAGACACAAAAGAACCAUUGGAAGAAGAAGCAAUAUCAUUAAUCGAGAAUAUGGACAUAUUAAAUAACGAUAAAAAGAAAGAAAAAAAGUUAAAUAACUUUGAUUUUAGUAAAGCAAUAAACAGUAGUAGUAAUACCACCGAAACAGUAGAUUUCAAAUUAUAUCAUUCGAAAAAUACAUGGGAAGAAUUAAACAUAGAUAAUGAUUUAAUACAAAUCCUUACAUACUUAAAAUUUUUUGGGCCAUCAAAAAUUCAAGCAUUUGCUCUUCCAAUUAUACUAAGCAGUAAUAAAAAUUUAAUAGCACAAGCACAAAAUGGUUCAGGAAAAACCCUAACUUUUGUUAUUGCAAUGUUAUCAAAAAUUAAUAGAAGUGUAGGAUCGUUACAAGCUAUGUGUAUAUGUCCAACAAGAGAAUUAUCUCAACAGAAUUAUGAAGUUGUUGGAAAAUUUACAAAAUAUUUAACUGUGAAAGUAUUUUUAGCUGUACCAUUAUGUGAAAAAUAUAAUAAGUCUAAUGGGUUUCAAAUAUAUGUAGGAACACCAGGAAAAACUUUAGACUUUUUAAAAAGAAGAUUUAUCGAUACAAAUGAUAUAAAGAUAUUUGUUUUAGAUGAAGCUGAUGAUUUAAUUGAUAUCAAGAACAAUAUGUCUUCACAAGUUGAAAGUAUAAAAAGAUUUUUACCUAAGAAAUGUCAAAUCCUUUUAUUUUCUGCUACUUACAACAAUGAAGUACGAUUAUUUGCUGAUCAGUUUGCUCCAAAUGCUACUAAAAUAAGUGUCAAACAGGAAGAUUUAACAUUAAAGUGUGUUAAGCAAUAUUAUUUAAUUACAGAAAAUGAAGAGCAGAAAUAUUAUUAUUUGUCUGAACUGUAUUGUUCAAUGACAAUAUCUCAGUGUGUUAUUUUUGUAAAUUCCAAAAAAUCUGCUUAUAAUUUAUAUCAAUUUAUGACAAACAAUAAUCACAAUGUAACUCUAAUUUGUGCUGAUAGUGUUAUAAGUCGAUUUACAAAAAAUCAAGUUCAAAGAGCAAAUGUUUUAGGUAUGGAUCCCAAAACGAGGGAUACUUUAAUGUCCGAUUUUAAGAACGGGAUUUCAAAAGUUUUAAUUUGCACUGAUUUGCUAUCAAGAGGUAUAGAUGUACCCACCAUCAGUCUUGUAAUCAAUUUUGAUUUACCUUAUUCUUAUCAAGGAAGAAUAGAAGAAAGUGCUGUAAAUAAUUUUUCAAACAGAAAAGUUAAUAUGGAAACGUACAUUCAUCGUAUUGGACGUACGGGUAGAUUUGGUACCAAAGGGAUGGCAAUAAAUUUCAUAAGUAAAAAUCAAAUGAUUCAUAUUAAACAAAUUGAAAAAUUUUACAAAUGUGUUAUAUCCGACUUGGAAUUUGAUUCUGAGCUUAUGAUAACAUCACUCUCCAAGAUCAACAGCUGA